CGGCGUAUUUUGUUAAAAUAUUGCAGCUGUCCAUGUCUUUUUUGGCUAAUUUUCUCAAAAAACUUCGACCCGAAGAGAAACCCAAACCUAAGGAGCUCCCAUCAGUUUUAAUAAAGAAUGUAGACCCAAUAACUGUGUGGGAAAACAUUUCUGAAGUUGGAGAUGGCGCUUAUGGUAAAGUCUACAAGGCUUCUCAUCGCCAAACCGGAAAGCUUGCUGCGUUGAAAAGUGUCGAGUAUUCUUCGGCCGAGGAAUUAGAGGAUUUUCUAGUAGAGAUAGAAAUAUUGACCAAGUUUAAUCACCCAAACGUUUUGCAUCUUCACGAAGUAUACUUGUUCGAAAAAAAGCUUUGGGUUGGACUCUUUUAUACUUUUUUUUACGAUCUUCAGAUGUAUCUCGAGUUUUGUGGUGGCGGAGCGGUGGACAAUAUCAUGAAAGUGUUAGAAAAACCAUUAACAGAACCACAAAUACGAUUUAUAGCACACGAAGUUAUCUGCGGAUUGGAGUUUCUCCACAAGAAUCUCAUAAUUCACCGCGAUCUCAAAGCCGGAAAUAUUCUUAUUACGCUGAAUUAUGAAAUUCGUUUAGCUGAUUUUGGAGUGUCCGCGCGUAUGGCGAGUGAAAGUCAGAAACGUACCACCUUUAUUGGUACCCCGCACUGGAUGGCACCCGAAGUUAUUGCCUGUGAAACCUUCAAAGACAAUCCUUAUGAUAUGUCUGCCGAUGUCUGGUCAUUUGGCAUCACCCUGAUAGAAUUUGGCGAAACUCUGCCUCCCUUUAACGACAUGAAUCAAACGCGUGUCUGGAUGAAGAUAACGAAAGGUGACCCGCCGAAAUUUGCCCGUCCUCAAGAUUGGUCGCCUGCUCUUAAUAAUAUGGUCGCCAGAUGUCUGAAAAAGGAUCCUAGCCUUAGACCCACCAUGGCUCAACUGAAAACGGACCCAUUCGUCGCCGGCGUUACGGAAGCCGACAGGUCCGUAAUUAAACUCCUUCUUGGUGAACUGAACGCCGAAGUGGAAGAGACUGUUGAAGAGAUUGCCCCCGAGGACUUGAAUGGCUCUAAAGCCGCUCCCUCACAGCCCACCAUCGACCCGGCUCUGGUCUCCCCCGAAGUCGCCCAGUCUCUGGUCGAAUCAAUGGAGGAGGAUACAACACCCGUCCUCGAUGAAGAACUUGACAGGUCGAAUGAGCUCAUGGAAUCGGAGGAGACUGCGAGUGAAGACGUCGAGUUUGAGGAGAUUAUCAUGCAGCCACCGUCGAUGACGGACUCAUUGCCCUGUAUUUGCAUCCCUGAUGAUGCCUCUGCGAGAGAUAAAGCCGUGUUUGAGACGGCAAACGCGUUGGUGGAUGAGGUCCUUCUGCAGGACAUCGAUUUCACUUCCCUGCCCUUCAUUGCCUUUGAGAAUCUCCGCGAGAAGAAUGAUGUGAGUACGAUUUUUCUCCCUGCGAGGGACACAGUACUCAUUGUUAUUAUUAUUAUUGCAAUAACAAAAGCGCUCUUUAGAAUUGAGUACCCUCUUUUCGUUUACUCUCCGCAAAGGAGAACAGCAUUUAAGGACACCGGAAUCUCGCGGCUAGGUUAA